AUGGCAGUCCACCAUUUCGAAAACGAUCCCUCCGUCCCGGACACAUUGGGAAAGAGAGAGGGCCAGGAAUGUGAUUCUACUGGUGAGGCUGUAGAAAUAGGCUUCAAUAAUCUUGAAUCAAAACUGGAUACAUAUUUUGGCCAGGUUUUUGGCUGGUUCAAGAGACAAGACGCUUCUCAGGCAACGGUGGAUCGUUUGAAAAGCCAAAAAGCCGACUAUGAAGCUCGAGUCUGUAGUCUCCAAGACCAGCUGAACAGAUAUAAGGAUAAGAACUGGACCCUUCGUAAUGAGGCCGAGAAACUGCGACGAAUGUACUGUGAAAGCCAGGAUGAGGUCGACAAACUGAAGGAAGAGAAAACUAGGCUCAGAAACGUCAUCCUUAAGCAGACUGGAACUGAGAAAAUCUCAGAUGAAGAGAUAAAGAAAAUAUUUACCAGCAUCCGACAGAAAAUCCAAGCAUUUGCUCAUAGCAAAGCCUUUUGUCUGGAGUGGAACGUCAGCGUCCCUUCACCAUGCCACCAUGAGUUGCACAAGUUUUGGGACACUUGGAAUCAUCUCUCUCUUGCUGAUCGUGCUUUUGCAAUGCGAGGGAGAAUAUUCACACUGGUUGUUGACCAUAUCCUUGGGCAGAAUCUCUUCGGCAUCCGUCCAACCAAUCAUCAUGACCUUCAACAAAUUGAGUCUUCACUCCAAGCGCUGGAGGCAUUCAUUUCUUCUUGCAAGGUGCCAGCUGACGCCGUUGUGGAUUGGAGACACGCCACGAUGAAGGCAAUUGAACAGAGCAAAGUCGACCAUAAUUGUACCAGCGAAGUUGAGCCUAUGAUCAUGGGCUAUUUUGCUUGCCUCAUCCGACGAGGUCUAGACUCCGUGACGCUUCAAAAGCUCCAUGAUGAUGUUCAUGAUAUUUGUCAAGAGGCGUACGAACUACGUUUCCUCAUGCGCAAGUCAAAGGACAAUUACACCUGUGAAGGGUAUGGCGAUGGGACAAAUGUCCACGACUGCGAAGCCGCUGUAGAGGUCCACGGAGUGCUGAAUGGAGGUGACGAAUCCAGUCGGGUUGCAUUCACUAUUUGCGGAGCAUUGAUCAAAAGCUCUGAGAAUGGUGAUAUGGACCCUGUCGUGCUGGAGCGUGCGCAUGUUAUUGUCAAGCAUGUUUGA